AUGUAUUCAUCAAUCAUUCAACAACAGUUUCCGCCACCCCAACCAAAACAGACACAACAAUAUGUGCAUGUAAAUCAAUCGGGACAAAUAAUAACAGCAGCUCCUGGACAUCACCAACAUUAUGGUCUACCAGGGCAACCGAUCAUGAUGUUACCAAAGCAACAACAACAGCCAGGCCAAGGUGGUACAAUCAUAAUGCCACGAACAUUACCAGGUGGACCACGCCCCAUUGGGCCACCGCCACAGUUGAUGGGACAAACUGUUAUCGGAAUGCCGGGUAAUACAACGAGAUUUUUAGUUCAAAGCAGUGGCCAAGAAACGGGAUUUAAUGCUCGAGCAUCAAGGUUUAUUUUUCCAAAUCAACCACAGCAACAGCAACAUCCAUAUAUGCAAUUCACGACACAACAAUCGACAACACCCGGUUCAAAUCAAGGGGGAGGAGAAAUUACUCAAACAUUUCAAAGAAUGGUAAGAUAAUGUGUUCAUGCACGAAGAGGCAGCAUUUCAAAUAAACUAAGUCAAGAGAGAAAAUGCUGUUUUUAGCAUAGUUAACAGAAGUUUUCGAAUUUCUUAACAGGAGGUUCUUUUUUAAUGAUAUCUUGAUAAACUGCUAGUUUAGAUAUUGUUUCUCUCAUUCGCAGCCGGACGGGAGUGUUCUGCCUCAAUCUCAUCAUAUUCAACAGCAAAUGCAUCCAUCUCGACAAUCUCAGCAAU